UUGAUGUUUCAUUCGACGUUCGAAAGUGUAUCGCGCACUUUUAAAGCUGCUUCGGAUCCGCAGAUCGGCUCGAGAUGAGACGGCAGGUCGCUGGGGCUUCGUGCUGUUGUUUGGCCAGAUGAGAGGCGAUUCACGAACGCUUCUGUUCCUAUAGGCGCGUAUUGUUGAAGCUCAAUGGGAUGUGUAGGGAACGCUGGCGGUUACUUUUAUGUUUAAGCGUUAUUCUGCGCACAGAACGGACGGUGGAUGUGAUCGUAAACUCUAUUGAACUCUAGACUCACCGGAGAUCGUUGCAUUUCGGCUUGAUUGCACGCGACUACGGUCUUUAGCUCUCAUCACAUUUUAAAGUACUUUGCGCUUCGUCUAUAUGGUUCUACGUGUAUUAUGCGCCGUAAUUCAUGGCUUAGCGUUUGAUAUUAGGUUUUGGCGUGGACGAUCUGGAAGUUUUCUACGUUUCAGAAUAGAAUAGCUGACAUAAAACUGAUUUUCGAGUGAAGUUUGUGCUCCUCCUGCCAAAACUUGAAGUCGCUGUUCAUCCACAGCUCCUUUAUAUGUUCUUCUUAAAGUGGUGACAGUGAGCAGUGGUGCUGAGAACCAUGGAGCAUCUCAGCGAAACAUGCCAGGGGAAGGAGAACUGUGAGAUGGUCAACAACCUGAAUGACACCAAGGCCCCUCCGGCCAAAAUGGCCCGCCUGGAACAGAACGGAAGCCCGCUGGGCAUGUCUCGUCUAGGUAGCACUGGAGCGAAACUCUCCGGAGUGCACUUCAAACCCCCUGGACAUCAUCUGAAGGCCUGCCACAAGAGGGGUAACAUGCUGCCAGUGUUUUGUGUGGUGGAGCACUACGAGAGCCCCAUCGAGUUUGACAGCAAAGAGGAACAUGCUGAGUUCGUUCUGGUCAGGAAGGACAUGCUCUUCAACCAGCUAAUCGAGAUGGCCCUGCUCUCCCUGGGCUACUCGCACAGUUCGGCUGCACAGGCUAAAGGUCUGAUUCAGGUGGGCAAGUGGAACCCCGUGCCUCUUUCCUACGUGACGGAUGCACCCGACGCCACAGUGGCGGACAUGUUACAGGAUGUGUACCAUGUGGUCACGCUGAAAAUCCAGCUACACAGUUGUCCUAAACUGGAAGACCUUCCUCCAGAGCAGUGGACCCACUCUACAGUAAGAAAUGCGCUCAAGGAGUUACUCAAAGACAUGAACCAGAGCUCUCUGGCAAAAGAAUGUCCCUUAUCACAGAGUAUGAUUUCUUCAAUUGUUAACAGCACUUACUAUGCAAAUGUGUCUGCGGCGAAGUGUCAAGAAUUCGGACGCUGGUAUAAACAUUUCAAGAAGACAAAAGACAUGAUAGUCGUGCGCCAGCCCUCCCAGCUGGAGGGCUACCUGGGGACGUGUGUCCUCCACGACAGUCCACGUGCCACCACGUUAGCUGAGAUGGACAGUCUGUCUGAUCUUUCUCCACCCGGAACCAACCACCUCAGCUUCAGUCAGCAACCCAUCCCGGGCAGCACGGCCGAGCAGUCCCCGUCCCCGGUGCCCCUGUCCCACAGCAGUCAGGCCCCCGGCCGCGCUCAGCUCCCCGGCCUGCACCCCGGCCUGGUGUCCACCCCCAUCAGCCCCCAGCUGGUGAAUCAGCAGAUCGUCAUGGCUCAGAUCCUCAACCAGCAGUACGCCGUCAACCGUCUCCUGGCCCAGCAGUCCCUGAGCCAGCAGUACCUCAACCACCCGCCUGUCAGCCGCGCGCUCAACAAACCGCUGGACGCGCAGCUGGCCACCAACUCCGAGGUCUCAUUGGAGAUCUACCAGUGGGUCAGAGACGAGCUGAAGAGGGCGGGAAUCUCCCAGGCCGUGUUCGCCCGUGUGGCCUUCAACAGGACGCAGGGUCUUCUCUCUGAGAUUCUUAGAAAAGAGGAAGACCCCAAGAUAGCGUCUCAGUCGCUCCUGGUCAACCUGCGAGCGAUGCAGAACUUCCUGCAGUUACCGGAAGUGGAGCGCGAUCGCAUCUACCAGGAUGAGAGGGAGCGCAGCUUGACUGCGGCCUCUGCUAUGGGCCCCGCGCCCCUCAUCAGCACCCCUCCCACACGCCCUGUACAGCCCAGAAGAGAGGAGUGUAACAAUAUGAGACCAGAAGACUGGAAUCCCAGAAUUCCAGUGGGCAUCUCUCCUGUGAAGCCCAGCCCUCUGUCCUCCGAGUGGAACGGGAAAUCGGAGAACUGCGUGUUAAACAUCAACUCCUCCAUCUACGACGAGAUCCAGCAGGAGAUGAAGAGGGCCAAAGUGUCCCAGGCCAUGUUCGCCAAGGUCGCCGCCUCGAAGAGCCAGGGCUGGCUCUGUGAACUGCUGCGUUGGAAAGAGGACCCGUCUCCGGAGAACCGCACGCUCUGGGAGAACCUGUCCAUGAUCCGCCGGUUCCUCAGUUUGUCCCAAGUGGAACGUGACGCUAUAUAUGAGCAGGAGAGCAACGGAGGACCGCAGCACCAUGUGGACAGACCUCCUCACCUGCUGCACAUGCCCACCGACCCAUUACAGCCGAGCAUUAACAGGAACCGGAACUUGUCAAGCAUCCACACGCUCUCGGCACAGCUGGACCUGCCCAAACACACCAUCAUCAAGUUCUUCCAGAACCAGCGCUUCUACAUCAACCACGCCGGCAAGCUGAAAGAGCCGCCCCUGGGCUUCCCCUCCAACAACAACAACAAGGACGAGGGCCUGACGGACUUCAAGGGGGACGAGCUGCUGACCGAGCUGGACGAGAGCGUGCAGACCAACAGCACCAUGUUCUCCAUUAAAAUGGAAGAGCACCUGCUGCACGAAACGCACGCCAUGAGACAGGCCCAAACUGAGCAGGAGGCCAAAGAGUAACGGACGGCUUUCUUUUGCUUCUGGUGUUAUUCUCGUUCACUCUUGUCUGUGUUCCAUGAGCGAAACUGUAAGACUUUUUACACGAGACUGAAUAAUACAGAGAUGAUUAACUUUCACAGUUUUGUAAAGCGUGGACUAUUUCACUGUAAAGACUCUUGCAUCAUUUCAAUAAUCUGCACAACGAAACGAAAUGUAAAAAGAAAAAUCCUAAAGGAAUAGUUCACUCCUAAAUGAAAAUGUUGUUUCCUUUCAAGUGAAUGGCGACUUGGGCUGUCAAGCUCCGAAAUGCACAAAGGCAUCAUAAAAUAAGUUUUAUGAAAGUCAUUUUAUGACAGGGUAAUGGUAUAUAUAUAUC